UCUUCUUGGUGACCAAAUUGUUAUUAGGAGUUUAGGGCGUUUGUUGCUUUGCUAAUCAAUUUAACCAUCUCUAUUUCAACCUUAGUGGAAUGAGUCCAAAAUUAGGAGUAAUGUAAUGUUGAUGAAUGGGAAAGUUUAGAUAGAAAAAGGGUAGAAUAUAAAAGGGAAAAAAAGAAAUGAAUGGGGGGAGAGAAGAGACAAGUCUGCCGAGAUCCCAUCUCUAUUUCCAACUCUUAAUUAAUGUCUUCUUCUUCUUUAUCUAACAUACACACACACACCCUCUUUAGAGCUCUCAACUUUGAACCUUAUCUCUCUCUCUUUCUUCCUUCAAUGCUUUAAUGGCCUCCUAAUCCAUUUUCUCUGUUUCAUUCCCUCAUUUAAACUCUCUUCUCUUCUCUUCUCUGCUCCACUUUCUCCCUUACAAUUCUUUCGCUUUCGUUCCAACAAAAAUCAUGAAUACCCUUUUGGCUUUUUUAUCGCCGCUGCUUCCCUUUGCGGCUUCACUUGUGUUUCUGCUUCUCUUUCUCGAGCAGAUCUCUUAUUUGAAGAAGAAACGCUCUGUUCCUGGUCCUUCUCUUGUUCUCCCCUUCGUCGGCAACGCAAUUCCUCUCGUUAGAAACCCUGCCCGUUUCUGGGAAAUUCAGGCUUCUUUGGCUAAAUCCUCCGGUGUUGGUUUCUCUGUCAACUACAUCGCCGGUAACUUCAUCGUCUUUAUUCGCGAUACUGAGCUCUCUCACAAGAUUUUCGCCAAUGUGCGUUCCGAUGCUAUGAAUCUCGUCGGUCAUCCCUUCGGGAAGAAGCUAUUUGGUGAAGAUAAUCUGAUUUAUAUGUUGGGACAAAAGCACAAGGAUCUCCGCCGUCGAAUCGCUCCUAAUUUCACGCCUAAAGCGCUUUCAACAUACACCGCGCUUCAACAGAUCAUCAUUCUCAAACACUUGAAGCUUUGGGAGCAGAAAUCGUCGGAAUCCUCACCGAAGCCCAUUCCCUUGAGGUAUUUGGCUCGAGAUCUUAACCUCGAAACCUCUCAGAUGGUGUUCGUCGGGCCGUAUUUAGCCGAAAAGGUUCGCGAAAAGUUCAGAGUCGAUUACAACAUCUUCAAUGUCGGUCUCAUGAAACUUCCAAUCGAUUUACCUGGAACAGGUUUCAGAAACGCGAAACUCGCCGUCGACCGGCUAGUGGAGGUUCUAGCGGACUGUGCAGAGAAGAGCAAGACGAAAAUGAAGAAAGAAGAAGAGCCGACGUGUUUAAUCGACUUUUGGAUGCAGGACACCGUAAAAGAACUCGAAGCUGCGGCAGCAGCCGGCGAGCCAGAGCCCGUUCACACCAGUAACUUCGAACUCGGCUUGUACCUCUUCGAUUUCCUCUUCGCCGCGCAAGACGCUUCCACUUCGUCGCUUCUAUGGGCCGUAAGUCUCCUCGACUCACAUCCCGAGGUGAUCGACAAAGUUCGGGAAGAAGUCAAAUCCAUCUGGUCACCGGAAUCAGAUACACUGAUCUCAUCGGAGCAGCUUUUGGAAAUGAAGUACACUCAGGCAGUGGCCCGUGAGGUGGUCCGUUACCGUGCUCCGGCAACGGUAGUGCCGCACGUAGCAGCGGCGGAUUUCCCGUUGACAGAUUCAUACAGCAUCCCAAAAGGUGCAAUCGUUUUCCCAUCUGCAUACGAGUCGAGCUUCCAGGGUUUCGUAGAACCGGAGCGAUUCGACCCGGAACGGUUCUCUGAAGAAAGGCAAGAAGACCGAAUUUUCAAAAGGAACUUUCUGGCAUUCGGUGCUGGGUCCCACCAGUGCGUUGGGCAACGGUACGCUCUAAACCAACUCGUUCUUUUCAUCGCUAUGUUUUGUACGUUGCUUGAUUUCAAGAGGCACACUUCCGACGGCUGUGAUGAAAUCGCUUUCAAUCCCACCAUCUGCCCCAAAGAUGACUGCAUGCUCUCCAUUUCCAUGCGGUGCCCUCGAUUUCCUAAUCUCUCCACUUGAAUCUUUUUUCUAUUUCUCCAAAUUGCCCCUUUCCUCUCUUCACUUCACUUCUCUUCUCUUCUCUUCAUCAAAAACCAAUAAAUAAUGUUGUUUUAGUUGCUACUGUUCCUCUUUUUAUUAUUUUCAAUUUGAAUCUGCGUGGAAAAAUGGGAUUCUUUUGGGGGGGGUGUUCGUGUUAGAGAAGAAGGUAAUGUGUGUGUUUUGUUGUUGAUUUGAUUAUUGGAAAUGUCGAUUGAAAAAGAAAAAGGUGUUUUGAAUAUUGAAAAGGAGAAUGCUGUUCUGGCCAUUACUUGUCCUUUCUAAUAAACAAAUCAGCAUCACGUGGAUGGCCCGGCCCUCUGUCCGUCCACUUAUCUUAUUGUAAUUUUUUUAAUAUUAUUAAUAAUCCACUUCUCUUAUUUCUAUUAAA